AUGCGCAUACCUUGCGGACUGGGCCGGUGUAUCAUGGCGACAUACGUGGAUAUUCUAAAAAGCGAGUUUCCAGAAAUUGACACCGAAGUCUUCGAUUAUAUCACUGGUGUGCUGGACUGUGGCGGGGCAGAUUUCGAGGAUGGGGACGAAGUGUUCGACGCGAUUGGAGGGGUCUUGCAGGAGGUGUCAGCUGACUGUAAGAACGAGGAGGACAUUAGAGGCAUCUGUCUGCAGAUGUUCAACACACUGAAGCUUAACAACUGCCACUCAGCUCAGAAGCAAACGCUGCUGGAAGCACCGGUGCAGCUGUCUCAGAUCUCAGCGGACUGUGUGACUGCGUGUAACGAUGUGCAGGGGAUAUGGAUGGUCAAACGUGGCCAAAACACAACUGUGGAUGCCAAAAAGCUGGAGAAGGCCGAGGCCAAACUGAAGGCCAAACAUGAGAGGAGGACUGAGAGAGACUCGCAGAAAAACUCCAGUCCAUUGGUCCUAGAGGAGGCAUCAGCCAGUCAGGCCAGCAGUAAGAAGGACAACCGUGUGGACUCAUCAGGGAAGAACCGAAGCUACGAUAUCCGCAUUGAAAACUUUGACGUUUCAUUUGGGGAGCGGUCUCUGCUGCAGGGGGCGGAGCUCUCCCUGGCGAGCGGGCGCCGGUACGGCCUGGUCGGGCGGAACGGGCUGGGGAAGACCACCCUGCUGAAGAUGCUGGCGAGCCGGAGCCUGCGCGUGCCUGCCCACAUCUCCAUCCUGCACGUGGAGCAGGAGGUGGCCGGGGACGACACGCCCGCCCUGCAGAGCGUGCUGGAGAGCGACACCGUCCGCGAGGGGCUGCUGGCCGAGGAGCGACAGCUCAACGCCCGCAUCGCCAACGGGACAGCGGAUGGAUUAGAGAGCGUGCGCCUGUCAGAGGUUUAUGCCAAACUGGAGGAGAUUGAAGCAGACAAGGCACCUGCUAGAGCCUCAGUCAUCCUGGCUGGCUUGGGGUUUUCUCCAAAAAUGCAACAGCAGACAACCAAGGAGUUUUCAGGAGGCUGGAGGAUGAGGCUAGCGCUGGCGAGAGCUCUCUUUGCCAGGCCUGAUCUUUUGCUACUUGAUGAGCCCACCAACAUGUUGGAUGUCAGAGCCAUCCUUUGGCUGGAGAACUAUCUGCAGACAUGGCAGUCCACUAUCCUGGUGGUCUCCCACGACCGUAACUUCCUUAACGCUGUGGUAACCGAUAUUAUCCAUCUACAUUCGCAACGGCUGGAAAGUUACCGGGGUGACUACGAGAACUUCCUCAAGACCAAGGAGGACCGUCUGAAGAACCAACAGAGGGAAUACGAGGCACAGCUUCAGUACCGUGAACACAUCCAGGUAUUCAUUGACAGGUUCAGAUACAAUGCUAAUAGAGCCGCACAGGUGCAGAGCAAGCUGAAACUGCUGGAGAAACUUCCUGAGCUCAAACCCAUUGAGAAGGAGUCUGAAGUCACAUUACGGUUCCCAGAUAACUUCGAGAAGCUGUCACCCCCGGUGCUGCAGCUGGAUGAGGCGGAGUUCUACUACAGUCCAGACCAGCGGCUCUUCACUGGGCUGUGUGUGUCUGCUGACCUGGAGUCCCGCAUUUGCAUCGUUGGGGAGAAUGGGGCGGGGAAGUCCACCAUGCUGAAGCUACUGUUGGGGGAGCUGACGCCCAUCAGUGGCAUACGACACGCCCACAGAAACUUGAAGAUUGGCUACUUCAGCCAGCACCACGUGGACCAGCUGGACCUCAACGUGUGCUCAGUGGAGCUGCUGCUCAACAAGUUCCCAGGCAGGACGGAGGAAGAGUACAGGCACCAGCUGGGGAGAUAUGGGAUUACGGGCGAGCUGGCCAUGCGGCCGGUCGCCAGUCUGUCAGGGGGGCAGAAGAGUCGAGUGGCAUUUGCUCAGAUGACUAUGCCUUGCCCAAACUUCUACAUCCUGGAUGAGCCGACUAACCAUCUGGACAUGGAGACAAUCGAGGCUCUGGCCAAAGCUCUCAACAAUUUCAAGGGUGGUGUGGUGCUGGUGUCUCACGACGAGCGGCUCAUCCGGCUGGUGUGCAAGGAGCUCUGGGUGUGCGAGGGGGGAAAAGUCAGGCGCGUGGAGGGCGGUUUUGACGAGUACCGGGACAUCCUGCAGGAGCAGUUCCGCAAGGAGGGCUACCUGUGAGGGCACACGCCAGCCUCAUGCCAGCGACACGCCAGCUACACGCCCAGAGUGUCUCCAGAAGCACUCCAUAACUGCCAAUUUAACCACAACCAUCUGACUCCCAGCUGCCAUUGACACCCUCUUUGGACUUACUGACCCGAUACUGCCCACCCCAUCCAUCUGCCCUGAGCCCCGUCUGCCCCCCUCAUUCAGAACUAAAGUAAAGUACAUCGUCUGAUGGCGGGGCGAGUACGAGCUCCCUGAAUCCAUCUGUAUGACUGUUCUGAAGAAAGAUAACGGCAAGCAACGACAGGGAUCCACGUCAGCUCAUCAGACUCAACGUUUACCGACAAUAAAUAUUUAUUUCUGAGUUUUAUCCAUGCAGAUAACUUUGCGUGUGUGUGAGAGAGUGAGAGAGAGAGA